AUGAAUUUUGACAUUUCAGAUCCUAAUUGGCUAGAGACUUACCAAAAGGAAGCUAUAUACCGUGCUCUACAAGAAUACAAACGUGAAGCAGAACGUGUACUUCAAUGGAACAAACAGCUUGAGAGCAAGCAAGAAAACUAUGAUAAGCAUUUAAGCCUUGUCAAUAGAUAUUGGGAGCAAUUAUUAAUUGAUUUGAAGAUGCUUAUUGAUAGAGUGGAUGAUAAUGGCAGUUUAUCUAACUUGGCUCCUCCAAUUGCACAACUUCGUGAUUCGGAUUUUCUUAAAAGACUUAUUCAAAUUGAUAAUGAAGAUCAAUCUAUUGAACGAAUUGAGCGUGCAAUUGCUGAAAAAUGUAUUUCUACAAAAGAAAUUGUAAAACAACUUUUGGAAAAAAUAAUUUUAUGGAUUGAAAAAAGAAGUAAUCUCAUUAAAGAUUUACAAGAUGAACCUGGUGAUCCUACGUCAAGAGAAAACAUAUUAGUCCGUUCACUACGAUCAGAAAAUCAGGAAUUAAACCAACUUUAUACACAUGUUAAUAAAGAAAUUGAUGUACUCCAAGAAAAAUUUCACUCUAUGACGUUUGAGGUAAUAAUAACGCUUGGAGAAAAAAUAGAGAAAUUAGAGUCAACUGAGGAACAAUUAAAGCAAGCUGAGAAACGUAUGGAUAGGUCAAAAAGUGUUACUCUUGGAUAUUGGUCUGGCGUUAAAACUCAAACUUCACAAGGAUCACAAUCUAACGAUAAUAAUAUAAAAAUUAUUCCAGAUUCUCGAGUGACAGAAUCAUCACUAUAUAAAAACCUACAACUUCAAUAUCUUCAUUGCAAAGAAAAUUUGGAUUAUUUGCGUACAUUUAUGGAACAAAAUAGUCGCGAAAUGGAGAAAAUGAUAGCCACUAGGAAUUCGGCAACAAAUCAGAUUCAAGAAGAAAAUAAGCUUGCUAAAAAGGAUGUAGAAGAACAGUUAAAUAAACUUCUCACAGAUUUGGACAGAAUUCGUGCACAAAGAGAUGAUGUAACAAUGGAGGUGGACAAGUUAAGAGCAAUGCUACCUACUGAUUUCCAUCAAAUAAAUGCUUUAAGGGUGAUUGCAAAUGAUCGCAAAACUAUAAUUAAACAAUUAAUGGAUGAAGUCAGAAGAUUACACAUGAAAUUAGCAGCACAAGAGGGUAACAAAAAAGCCGUAGAUUUUUAUUGUAAUCCUGUUCAACCUCCAGAAUUUUCUUACGAUGAAAUAGCAUCAGGUGCCAACACAUUUGAAUUAAUUCAACAAAAAUUAUCGUAUGAUUAUCAUUUACAAGAAAGAUUAAAACAAUCAGAAGAAAUUAGAGCUAAAUUGGAACAACAAUUAGAAGAUUAUAUGAACAAUGUGCCUCCAGAUAUGCAAGAAUAUCAGAGAAUGAAAAUUUCUGAACUUGGAUAUAAAAGAGAGGUUGAUGAGUUAAAAUCACGAUUAGCAGAGUAUGAUAAAAGGUACGGUAUAAGUGAUCCAAGCGAUGAUACAAUACAUGUUCUAGCAAAAAAAAUAGAUGAGUCAGCGAAAAAAAUUUCAAAGCUAGAAUCAGAAUGCGAUUAUCUUAAAAAAAAUGAGAAAGAAUUAUUGCAAGAACUUCAAGUUUUAGGUGAUCAUUGGACACGUCAAGAUGAAGAAAAUACACGAAAAGUAUUUGAAAUUAUUGCACAAGAUGAAAGGUUACAAAUUGCAAGGGAAUCUGAAUCAAAAGCCAGACAAAGAUUGAAUGCUAUUUGGAUGGAAAAUGUAUCAUUAAAAAAACAGAAAAAUCAUUUGUCCACAGUUAUUCAAAGUCAAACUGAUCAUAUUCGACAAAUGAAAUACUUGGAAGAUAAUCUUAAAUCACAAUUGGAAAACGCUAAUAAAGAAAUAGCAUGUUCUAAACAAGUGCUCCAAAAAAGAUAUGACGACUUAACAAAAUCAUACGAGAGAGAGACAUUUAAAAUUAGGAGAUUAAAUGAAGAAUUAGAAAAUAGUAAAAAAAAGGUGGAAGAAUUAAAUAAUAAUCAAUCAAAUGUUACAGCUGAAAAAUUAUUAUAUAGUUAUGAGUAG